UUAGGAAACUGACUUGAAUCAGUGAUGCUCUUCGGAAGCAAGAGCGGAAGCCGAAGCCUUAUUCUGGGCAGUUACUGUUAAGAAGGUGGUGGGAGUAAACACGUCUGCUUUUCUUCCAGGUGAGCAGCCCCGAGGUGUCCACCAUGAUGGCCUUCAUUUUCUUCGCUGUGGGGCUGUGCUUGGAAAGUGAGUCCACUUCCCAAACCACUGACUGCACGUAUUUAAGAGAACGCUGCCUAAGUGAUGCUAACGGAUGCGAAGGCGCCUGGAGAAAAAUGGAGGAUGCCUGCCAUGUACCAGGAGACCCCCACCGGAUGAAGGAGCCAUCCAGCUGUAACCUGAGCAUCCAGUCCUUAGUGGAAAGCAACUUCCAAUUUAAAGAUUGUCUCUGUUCUGAUGACCUCUAUUGUACUGUUAACAAACUGCUUGGGAAGAAACGCAUCAAUGAAUCAGAUAACGUGAAAGAGGAUAAUAAAUUCAAGGGGAAUCUAACGACUCUUUCCUAUCAUGGAAAUGUUUCUAGAUGGUCCUGUUUGGAGGUGGCAGAGACCUGUGUAGGGGACAUGCUCUGUAAUGCACAGUUGGCCCUGUACCUGAAAGCUUGCUCAGCAAAUGGAAAUCCGUGCAACGUGAAACACUGCCAGGCGGCCAUACGGCUCUUCUAUCAAAAUGCGCCUUUUAACAUUGCCCAGAUGUUGGCUCUGUGUGACUGUGCUCAGUCUGACAUCCCUUGUCAGCAGUCCAGAGAAGCUCUUCACAGCGAGCCAUGUGCGGUGAGCAGAGUUCCAGCCCCGACCUGCCUCGAUGUAAUUCACAGCUGCCAAAAUGAUGAAUUAUGCAGGAGGCGCUAUGGACCAUUUCAGGCAAAGUGCUGGCCGCGCGUGACUAGAAGAUGCCAUGAGGAUGAGGUCUGCAUCAGUACUUUAAGCAAGCAGGACCUCACUUGCUCCGGAAGUGAUGACUGCAAAGCAGCUUACAUUGGUACUCUUGGGACAGUCCUCCAAGUGCGGUGCACCUGUAGGACCAUUACCCAAAGUGAAGAAUCUUUGUGCAAGAUUUUCCAGCAUAUGCUUCAUAGAAAAUCAUGUUUCAAUUAUCCAACUCUGUCUAAUGUCCAAGGCAUUGCGUUGCAUAAAAGUAAACGUGCGAAGGAAAUAACUCUCAGUGGCUUUCACUCCCCCUUCAAUGGAGAAGUCAUCUACGCUGUCAUGUGCAUGACCAUCACCUGCGGAAUCCUUCUCUUGGUUAUGUUCAAGAUGAGAACCUUCAGAAUAGCAAGUCAAACGAGAGAUCCUUCGCCAAUCCAAAUACCUGGAGGACUCAUGAUUCAUUCACUAAGAGUCACCGAUCAUUAA